GCAGAGCACGAGGCGCACGCCUAGUCGAUGCACAAGUAGCUGCCAGUCGGAAACGCAAGCGGCUAACUACUAAUCUUAUGUCCCUUCGCCUUGCAUAUUCAAUAUUUUCAUCACUACUACUUCUCCUACUAGGCGUGACGCGGCGUCUUUAGUACUAAGUCACUCUUUCUAUAUCUACAAGGUGGCGGAUUCUUUCGACAACAUCUACAAGGCAAAGGCCAUUCUAAUACUGGCUACAUGGUCGAACGCGAUACGGUUUUGAACGAAGAUGCGCAAGAGACGGACGACCCUGGUGAGCUUUUUAUACGUGAGGACGCCUCUCAGUCGCCAAUUUUUGCUGGAGACCAAGAGAUGGAGCAGUGGCCUGCUUCAGUAGGUGCUAUUGAGGAAGAUCAAGAUGGAUAUGGAAGUAAUCGAAGUCUUCGAGAGCUGAGCUACAUGGAGAAGACGAGCGCUGUUGCGGAAGCAGACGUGCCGGGUAAUGAAAACAAGGGAAGGGAUUUGAAUGCGGAUGCAGAAAAGGCAUCUUUUGAGGACGAAACAUCCAAGAACGAGGGAUCUCUUUUUAGUGAAGGCAAAGCACUUUCUCCACAAAAUGAAGACCUCCAACGAACAAAGCCUUC